AUGAACGUCCGUCUGUUGGUGGUCUUUGUGCUGUCUGUUAGCCUGGAAGGCAUAUCUGAUGACCGGUCUUUGAACAAUGGCACAGCCUCUCUGACCUGCAACAAGUGCAGUGUGGGGCUUUUUGGAACAUGUCUGAUGCCUGGCUUCGUGGAGUGUGAUGCCUCUGAGCCCAACUGCUACACUGGGAGAGCAGAGUUCCCCUCCAUCUCUGGAUUCCUGGGCUUCAACACUCAGGGCUGCCUUGACUCUUCCUCCUGCAACACCAUCACCAACGGCACCAUCUUGGGCGCUGGGUACACGAUCACCUGCACCUGCUGCACCACUGACUUAUGCAACCCAGUGGUGAGCGGAGCUGCUCCUGUCCAGCUGUCUCUGAGUGUGGCUGCUAGCGCCGCCCUGCUGGCCUGCAUGUGGCACAGCGGGCAGUACUAGACCCUGCAGUGUGCAGCUGACUGGGACCCCACUGCUCAAACGGCCGGCGAUCCAGUCCAGUCAUUCAUACACACACACACACACACACACACACACAUGCACACACACAUGCGCACACACAUUCGCGCACACACAUGCGCACACACACAUGCGCACACAAACAUGCACACACAAACAUGCACACACACACAUGCACACACACCAACACACACACCAACACACACACACACUCACACACACACACACAACCGGUCUGA